AUGCGUGAAGAAUUAUUGCAGAAAUUACAUUCUCUUCAGGAACGCAAACGUAUUAUGUGUUCUCGUUCUACGAAGAUCCGAAAAGUUGAAUUAAAAAGGAAAAUCAUUAACGAUGUUUUAGAAAUUGUGCCAAAAUCAUCAGUGACUGCUACAUGCCUCCGUGCAAUUGAAUCCGAGAUAAAUAAGCAAGAUAUAACUCUGCGACCUUGGAAACAAAGAAAAUUGAUGAAGUCAAUGGAUUUGACAAAUAAAACGUCUCCUCUCACUUCAGUAGUUAUAAACACAUCUACUUCUAAAGACCUAAGUCGUAUUCAUGCUGAAAGUUUACGUAAAGGCACUUUAGAAUGGCGUUUGAACCACGCGAUCGAUUCUGGGCAGGUUGACCUAGCAGAAAAUAUAAGUGACUCCAUUGGAGAUCAUUUGUUGUCUACAGCUUCUGCCGACAAAAAUAUCCAUUUGACUUUGAACAAGCAAGAUGAAUACAAAGGGGAAUUAAAAAAUCGGCGACCUGUUUGGCUUUUUCAGGCUAAAGAACGGUGGGAAGCGAAAUCGAAUAUGUAG